AUGGAUCUUUUGUUUCUCAGUCGGCUUGCCCGUCUCGACUUGCGAACGAGCGAGUCUUUCGAUUGCGAGGAAUGCUUUGGCCACGGGCCUUUCCAGAAGUGGAUGCUAUUCCUGAUCCUCCUGGGAACAUUCAUCACUCACUGCCAAACCCUCGUGGUGUCCCUCGUCACCGGCGACGUCGACCACUGGUGCAAGCCGCCCGAUGGCCUCAACAUCUCUGCAGCCGAAUGGAAGCAUACCGCCAUACCGAUGGAGACCGACGGAAGUUUCAGCCGCUGCCGCGUCUACGAACGCUGUAAGCCGCUCGCUGAACACGACAUAUUGGUAGACCGCCAGGACGUCGGCGCUGUAGCACCCGCGUCGGGAUCGUGGUACAGCCGAUGCUUCCCUGACCAAGUCCAGGACAUCAACAGCACGCGCGACGCGCCUUGCGAAGCGUGGGACUACGACAUUCGCACGGCUGAGAGCAGCGCAGUGAGCACUUGGGACAUGGUGUGCGACCGACGGCUGAUGCGGAUCUUCCUCGUGGCCAUGCAGAGCGUUGGCAGCAUUGUUGCGCUCGUCGCAGUCGGAGCCUUCGCCGACUAUAUCGGUCGGAGAACGUUGCUCCUGGGCUCGGCCAUCGCAAUGCUUACCUCCACGAUAUGCACUUUCCUGGCUACGGGAUACGCGUAUUACGCGAUGGCUCGUUUCCUAGCCGGAGGCAGCUCGACCGUGAACGUUGUUUUCACCUACAUCCUGCCGUUCGAGUCGGUGACGCACGCUCACAGGCCGCAGCAGCUCCUCCUCCUGGCCGUGAUAGGCGUGUCCCUGUGCGAGGUAUGGACCGUCGUCAUCAAUCCGGUCCUUAUCGACUGGCGUCUGAAGCAGGUCAUCUUCCUUGCCCCGGCAGCUCUCAUCCUUCCCGCGCUGUGGUUUGCGCGAGAGUCACCCCGCUGGCUUGUCGCGAAAGGAAGGCUCGACGCGGCCGAGGCGGUGAUGAUGCGGGCGGCCACAAUGAACAACUUUCCGCUUUCGGCAACGGCGUCUCUCGUGCAGAAGCUGAAGGAACAGGCCAAGAACCGCGCAGGCUGUUGUGACGACAAUGAAGACCUACUCGACGCUCGCUCCCUCCGGAGUCGAGCGCUGGCCAUGUUCGCCGUAUGCUUCUCGAUAUUGUUUGUAUUUUACGUCGACACCGUGUCCGUGGUCCAGUACAAAGAAUUUUGGAUCCCGGCCUUCACGGUCGUCAUAACGCUGCUGGCGUACGUAUUGAUGCACUACCUCAUCACCGGCGUCACCCUCGUCACUGUACUAAGCGUUUGCUUCGUGAUCGUCGGCUGCAUACAGUGUGCGCUGAGUAUUGCGGCCACUGCCAGGUUUGGCAAGCUCACCAGGACAUUGCUAGUGCUGUCUAAGGGUGUCUCGAACGUAUUGGUCAUCCACUGUUUGACCUACAUCAUGGAGCUUUUCCCAUCGGCACUUCGAGCCGCCGUCUUCUGCUGGUCGUACGCUUGCGGUCGCGUCGCAGGUAUGUUGGCCGUUCUGAUCCUCGUUCUGCAGCCUGCCGGAUACGAAGACGUGGUGUUCGCAAUGACGGCACUGUUCCUUUUCGCGUCCCUGCUCAUAAUUCGUAAUCUGCCGAAAGCAACGGUGGUUGAGGAAGCCAAAAUCGUUUCCCGGGACCCUACGGACUCCAACAAAAUGUGCAUGGAUCACAUGAAGCGGACACUGGGGAAUAAAAUGAUGCGCAGAAGGUCCCCAGCCUCUGGCACGGAAAGCUCCCGGUCUACCAACAGGAGGAGAGCAAGGAGCACUGGCAGCAACAGCUCUGGGAGCUCUAAGUCCUGUCCUGGGUCUAAUAGAAAACAAGCGCUGGGAUAA